GGCUGAGCUUUAGGGCGACAGCCGGGAAGGCAGGGUCCUUUCCUGGGGAGGUCGCGCAGGCUCUGCCUGCGGGAAGCCGGACUCGCGGCGUCAUGUAUUACAAGUUUAGUGGCUUCACGCAGAAGUUGGCUGGAGCAUGGGCUUCUGAUGCCUAUACCCCUCAGGGAUUAAAGCCUGUGGUUUCCACAGAAGCACCGCCCAUCAUAUUUGCCACACCAACUAAGCUGACAUCUGAUUCUACUGCAUAUGAUUAUGCUGGGAAAAACAAAGUUCCCGAGCUGCAGAAAUUUUUCCAGAAAUCUGAUGGUGUGCCCAUCCAUCUGAAAAGAGGCCUGCUGGACCAAAUGCUUUACCGGACCACCAUGGCGCUGACGGUGGGAGGGACCAUCUACUGCCUGAUUGCCCUCUACAUGGCUUCACAGCCCAGAAACAAAUGAGUUAGGCUGCAGAGGACUGGUUUGCUUUUGGGUAUAAACCCUUUGAAUUUUCAUUUUUCAUUGUUUCUGUAAAAAUUUUCUUUAUUACUUGAAUGGCCUACUUAAGAUUUUGCAAAGAAAAUUGAAAGAUAUUAAGACAAAUUUUGGUUUGUUUGUGAAAUGCAUGUGGCCUGUCAGAGCUCAUCCAACAGUUAAAACUAUUAUUUACAGAAAUGCUGCUGUUCUCUGAAUUUGAGCUCCUGAUUUCCCUUGAGCUUCUGGAUGAAGGUUGCACACAGGCUCAUUAAUGGCAGUCUGUGUCAAGGUCCUUGGGGAUUUAACAGUGGCAUUUUGAGCAUGGGGUGCAGAAGCCUUUCUGGAUUUGGAUGUGGCAGAGGAAGGAAGACAAGCCAAGGACAGGUGCAUGAAAUGAGGGGUUUGAGUUCCAAGUCACCUUGGGGAUUUUUCCAUCUUGCAGUAAAAUGUUAAUAGAAAUUAUUUGCAGCCUGCCUCUAUCCUUUGGGCAGUUUGUUUCAAGGGUUAUUUGUCUCAUGGCUCAUGUCAGAUCUUUAGAGGAAUUUUAUGUCUAAUUGUUACAUAUUUAUUCCACCAUGGGAACAGAGAACACCUGUUUAGUGUUGCAUUUUAAAUUGAUGUUUGUUUCAUUAAUGUAGCUUUGGUACAAAUUCUCCUUUACCUUUUAAAAAUGUCAUGGUUUUAAAUUAUGAUUUAUUUUGAUUGUGGAAUAAAUACAUGAAUGAAAAA